AUGGAUCAGGAUAAUGGCAAUGCGCCGGCAGACACCAUUAUCAGCCCGUGCCUGACGCCAGACUCCCAAGUUGAAUUCCAGCAACAUGAAACUACCGGUGUGAAGGCAGCCAAACCUCCUUCCAGGAAACGGGGUCGUCCUCGUAAAGCCCUUGGAACUUGGAUGGACAAAAAUAAGAAAGACCGGCGACGGACACAGGUCCGCCUGGCGCAAAGGGCGUAUCGCUCCCGUAAAGAAGCCAGUGUUGAGUUUCUAAACAGACGUGUUGCACAGUUGGAGGCUGCAGCGCAGAAAAUGAGCGAGGCGAUGAUUACAUUCAGUGAUAUUCUGCUCCAAUCCGAGGUUCUCACAUCACAUCCUGAACUCACUGAGCAUCUGCGUGAGACGGUACAGAUAUGUCUAUCUUCGGCCAAGGGCAUUAGCGAAGAGGAUAACCCAAGCACUGUCACGCAUGAUGAGAGCUCUCGCCUUUCCUCUCUCUCACCAAUCUCGCCAGGCUAUCUACCUCUGUCUGAGGGAGAAAGCCCACCCUCGCUCUCAACAGUUCAGCCUUCACCAUGCCUUAUGGGAUAUCAUCCUAGCAGCCUAUUCUUUUUCAAACCUGGCAAUGUCGCUGAAAUGGAAGUAUCAUACUUCACAGAGCAACUAAGGAUCGCCUGUCUAUACGAGGGAUUAUUAUUACUUGACAAUUCCUCUGUCCCUUUAACUCGCCUAAAAAGACCGUUUCGGUUACUUUUAUCCCUUUUCACUAGGGCAAGUAUCACAUGUAUCUUCAGGAGCGCCUUGCAUGCUAGGCUAAACAAGAAAUCGUACAUGAACUUCAAGGGGGUUCCGUCUUGCCUACCCAGUCAUGCUGCGCAACCAUCGACUCAAAGUCAAAUGACAGAAUGUCAGUCAGACUUUGACCAAACACAGUCAACCAGUAGGAGUCCAUUACCCAGCUUCAACCCGCAAAAUCUAAGGGAAAUCGGCGGAGAUUGGUUUGACGUCCAAGACUUAGCGAACUACUUUCAGGAAAGAAAUGCGCGCCUGUUUGUUCGGCCCCCUAAAAACAUGGCAAAUUCCUCCCAGUCGGUGGUCAACGCCCGAGCUCUGAUAGUUGCGCUGGUAGGCAAGGCAAUGUGCCUCGGCCACAGUCCUGGUUUUCGACGUAGCGAUGUGGAACAAGCUAUUAGCAUAUGUACCUGGCAUGGAACAGUGUGA